AUGGGUGCCUUGUGUCCACAUGACGAUGAGAUGCUGGAGGUGCCCAUAAGACAACCCCCUGCUGUGUUUGACUGGUUCUUCGAAGCAGGCCGCCCCCACUCCCUGGAGGAGGAUCCCCCGAUCUUGCGGCAAUUCCCUCCAGACUUCCGGGAACAGGAGGCCAUGCAGAUGGUGCCCAAGUUUUGUUUUCCUUUCGACAUACAAAGGGAGCCACCCAGCCCCGCUGUCCAGCAUUUCACCUUCGCCCUCACUGACCUGGUGGGCAACCGUAGAUUCGGCUUCUGCCGCCUCCGAGCUGGUGCAUGGAGUUGCCUCUGUAUCCUCAGCCACCUUCCCUGGUUUGAAGUGUUCUACAAGAUCCUCAAUACUGUGGGGGACCUCCUAGCCCAGAACCAAGUCUCAGAGGUUGAAGAACUCCUGCAAAAUUUGCAGCAACACCCUCUCCCUGGACCAGAAUUUUCAGGGGAACCAGAGAUGGGCAGCAGCUUGGCCGUGUGGAGCAAGUGUGGGAUUCUGCCUCCUACCCUAGGGAAUAGCAAGCUGCUUUCUUGUUUUGUGGCCCCGGAUUCUGCCGGCCUGCCGUCUAUCCCUGAGAAUAGGAACCUCACGGAGCUGGUGGUCGCUGUGACGGAUGAGAAUAUUGUGGGACUCUUUGCAGCGCUGCUGGCUGAGAGGAGGGUGUUGCUCACGGCCAGCAAGCUCAGCACGCUGACAGCCUGCGUUCAUGCCUCCUGUGCUUUGCUCUACCCCAUGCGCUGGGAACACGUCUUGAUCCCCACGCUGCCCCCGCACCUCCUGGACUACUGCUGCGCGCCCAUGCCCUACCUCAUCGGAGUCCACGCCAGUCUAGCUGAGAGAGUUCGAGAGAAAGCACUGGAAGAUGUUGUGGUGUUGAACGCCGACUCUAACACACUGGAGACGCCCUUUGACGACGUGCAAGCGCUGCCCCCAGACAUAGUCAGUGCCACAGCCUCCCACCCCCUGCUCCUCAAGGUGGAGCCUCCAUCUCUGCCGAUCUCAGGGUUUCUCCUGUGUUACCAGGUAUCCCUGUUGAGGCUUCGGCUACGGAAGGUGGCGCUGAGUCCUGGGGAAGGAGUGUCCCGUCUCUUCCUCAAGGCCCAGGCCCUGCUCUUUGGAGGGUACCGUGACGCGAUUGUCUGCAUCCCGGGUCAGCCGGUGACCUUCAGUGAGGAAGCUUUCUUGGCUCAGAAGCCGGGGUCGCCGCUACAGACCUUCCACAAGAGGGCGGUGCACCUGCAGCUGUUCAAGCAGUUCAUAGAAACCCGACUGGAGAAACUCAAUGCUGGGGAAGGUUUCUCAGAUCAGUUCGAGCAAGAGAUCGUUGCCUGCUGUGGGGCUUCCUCAGGCGCCCUUCGAUCCUACCAGCUCUGGGUUGAUGGUCUUAAGAAAGGUGGCGAUGCCCUCCUGCAUUCAAUGAAAGCCAAAACCCGACCAGCUGUCAGAAACAUGUACCGAUCGGCGAAGAGCGGCUUGAAGGGUGUGCAGAGCCUGCUUAUGACUAAGGAUGGAGCCUCUGGCCUACAGAGAGGGGGCUCCCUGAGAACCCCAAGCCUCACCAGCCGCUCAGAUCGCCUGCAACAGCGCCUGCCUAUCAGCCAACACUUUGGGCAGAACAGGCCCCUUCGCCCUAGCAGGAGACUCAAGAGGGAAGGAGGACCUUCCGAACCCCUUGGGGAGAGGAGCCCUGCCUUGAGCCCCGAGGAGGACACCCAGAGUCCCUGGGCAGAGGAAACUCUAGACGGCAGCUUUCUGGGGUCUGGAGAAGAACUGGAUCUGUUGAGCGAGAUCCUGGACAGUCUGAGCAUGGAAACUAAGAGUGGUGGUAGAAGCUUGGACUGCUGUCAGCAGGGGACGUCGGAGAGCUGCUUCAGCCUGCCUGACAUCCCAGCGAGGUCACCAUGGCAACUAGAAGAGGAUGAACGAUCCCUGGAACCACAGCCCUGGUCCCUGCCCGGGGACCUGCCAUCUCUGCAAGACACCCCAUCUUUAGAGGUUGCAUGCUACUCCAAGGACUGUUCUCAGCCUCUCUCAGACAUCUCUUCGCCGGCAUCUUCAACCACUUCGGCAGACCCCAGCAGCCAAGGGGACCCCGAGCCCUCUGCUCCCACCGAGCUGAAUCUUAGAAUCCCACAAGGCCCUUGCUCCAGGCUCCUCUCGGUGCCCACUCAGCCCAGCCCCCCAGAGAGCCCCCAACUUCCUGCCCCCACAGAGCUCAACUCUGGCACUGUGGGGACAUUACAAUCCAUUCGAUCUCCCUCACACUCCAAUUCUUCAGAGAACCGCAGAAAUCAGCCUCCCCAGGUCCUGCAGGGUCAGGCUCAAGUCCAACCCAAGGAGCUGGGAGUAAGCAGCCGGCAAAGGGCCCCAGCCAGACAGCCUCGAGUUGCUGAUCUCAAAAAGUGUUUUGAAAACUAAGAGCAAGGAUGUGGAGGGGACCCCAUCUCUCA